UCUCUGCACCUCGCUCCGACUCGGGCGCGCAGUGCGCCGGCACCGAGCCCGGGGUCGCCGCUGCUCACCGACCCCCGGCCCCCUAACGCGCCGCGCCCAGGCUGCGCCGGGCAGCGGAGCCGCCCGGAGCGGCUGGGGCUUUGGCGGCCGCUCGCUGUUCCGUCUGGCCGGACGACUGGCGGGGAAGGAAGGGGAGAGCGGGGACACACACUCGCCGCGGCGCGCACGCAUUGCACACUCGCAGCCGCGCGCCCCCGCCGAGGUGCGUCCAGGCCACUUUGGCCCCGCGGCUCGGCCCCGACACCUGCCGGCUCCCCGCGCUGCUCUCGGGCGCCAACCCCGCCCCGCCGCCCUUCCUGCCCUAGGUCUGAACAGCUCUCCCUUCGCCGGGGGUAAGCAACUACCUCCCGAUAACUUGCAGACUGUGGCGCAACUGGUCUCGACAGCGGGGGCGCCCGAAUGCUGCCCUGGUGAGGAACCUGGGAAGGAAAACAGUUUCAGUAAUGAGUAACAGGCCACCCAUCAUGAACAACUACAGAUGACUUCCCAUUUCAUUUAUAAAGAUGUCGUCUGCUGCUGAAAAUGGAGAUGCAGCACCUGGAAAACAAAAUGAAGAGAAAACCUAUAAAAAAACUGCAUCCUCUGCUAUCAAAGGUGCUAUUCAGCUGGGAAUAGGAUACACAGUGGGUAAUCUCACUUCCAAGCCAGAUCGGGAUGUUCUCAUGCAAGACUUUUAUGUGGUGGAAAGUGUGUUCCUACCCAGUGAAGGGAGCAAUCUGACCCCAGCACAUCACUACCCAGACUUCAGAUUUAAGACAUAUGCUCCACUAGCAUUCCGGUACUUCAGAGAACUCUUUGGUAUCAAGCCUGAUGAUUACUUGUAUUCCAUCUGCAGUGAACCUCUAAUAGAGCUGUCCAACCCCGGAGCCAGUGGAUCCUUGUUUUUUGUGACCAGUGAUGAUGAAUUUAUCAUCAAAACAGUUCAGCAUAAAGAAGCUGAGUUCCUUCAGAAGCUACUGCCAGGCUAUUACAUGAAUUUAAACCAGAAUCCAAGGACUCUUUUGCCAAAAUUUUACGGACUGUACUGCAUGCAGUCAGGGGGCAUUAACAUCAGGAUCGUGGUGAUGAACAACGUCUUACCACGCUCCAUGAGGAUGCACCUUACUUAUGACUUGAAAGGCUCUACAUACAAGCGGAGAGCAUCUCGAAAAGAGAGAGAGAAAUCCAACCCCACAUUUAAGGACUUAGAUUUCCUGCAGGACAUGCACGAAGGGUUGUAUUUUGACACCGAAACGUACAAUGCGCUCAUGAAAACACUUCAGAGAGACUGCCGGGUGCUGGAAAGCUUCAAGAUCAUGGACUAUAGCCUUUUGCUGGGAAUCCACAUCUUGGACCAUUCCCUCAAAGACAAAGAAGAGGAGACUGCACAGAAUGUGCCUGAUGCUAAGCGGCCUGGGAUGCAGAAAGUCCUCUACUCAACAGCAAUGGAAUCCAUCCAGGGUCCAGGGAAAUCUGGGGAUGGGAUCAUCACAGAGAACCCAGACACAAUGGGAGGCAUUCCAGCUAAAAGCCAUAAGGGAGAAAAGCUACUUUUAUUUAUGGGCAUUAUUGACAUUUUGCAGUCAUAUAGAUUAAUGAAGAAAUUAGAACAUUCUUGGAAAGCUCUUGUUUAUGAUGGGGACACUGUUUCAGUUCAUAGACCAAGCUUUUAUGCAGACAGAUUUCUGAAGUUUAUGAACUCCAGGGUUUUCAAGAAAGUUCAAGCUUUGAAGGCCUCACCAUCUAAGAAACGUUGCAAUUCCAUCGCCGCCCUAAAGGCCACCUCCCAGGAGAUCGUGUCCACCGUUAGCCAGGAAUGGAAGGGUGAGAAGCGCGAUUUGCUGACCGAAGGACAAAGUUUCAGCAGCCUUGAUGAAGAAGCACUGGGAUCCCGACACAGACCAGACCUGGUGCCUAGCACUCCGUCCCUGUUUGAAGCUGCUUCCUUGGCAACCACAAUUUCAUCUUCCUCCUUAUAUGUCAAUGAACAUUAUCCACACGACCGGACUACGCUUUAUUCAAACAGUAAAGGGUUACCUUCCAGUUCAACAUUUACCUUGGAAGAGGGGACCAUCCACCUGACUUCUGAGCCAAAUGCUCUGGAAAUGCAGGAUGAUAAUGCCUCUGUGCUUGACGUCUAUUUACCUACAGAAGACCUCAGCGAGAAGCCAAGCACAGGCGCCUGCGACCCUUGGCCACCAGGUGUCGCUGCGGCAUCCCCGAGUCGGAGGGAGGAGCGGCCGCAGAUCGCGAGCAGCAUGUGGACGCUUGGGCGCCGCGCGGCUGCCAGCCUCCUGCCCGGCUCGGCGCCCUCGGGCUCGUCCCAGGCCCGCGCCGGGAACCUGCGGCAGACGAAGGCCUCCCCGCUCCACUGCCCGCCGGGCCUGCGCCCCGGGACCAGCGCAACCGGCGGGCCGGGCAACUCGAGUUUGAACCACCACUGCCUCCACCAGAUUCUGAAUGUCAAAAAGCAGAGUAUCUGUUUGAUGAAUUUGAGGACAGCAGGAACUUUGGGCAACCCUGGCAACUCUCUGGAUGAGACCACCUAUGAAAGGCUGGCAGAAAAGACACUGGACUCCUUAGCAGAGUUUUUUGAAGACCUUGCAGACAAACCUUACACAUUUGAAGACUAUGAUGUCUCCUUCGGGAGUGGUGUUUUAACAAUUAAACUAGGUGGGGAUCUAGGAACCUACGUGAUCAACAAGCAGACUCCAAACAAGCAAAUCUGGCUAUCUUCGCCAUCCAGAACUGGGCUGUGUGCUCUGUGGAGGUGAGAGAGCAUUUUAAGCUGCUACUUCCGAACAUGUAAUCCCCCUGCCUUUUCCAUUGAUGUGCUUUCAAACUAGCAGAAUAAAAGAUUGUGUUGGAGACUACCUGCACUGUGUCUCAAGGCCUGAGAAACCAUGCAGGGGGAGAGGGUCCCUCAUCCAUCCAGCUGCUGCUGAAGUAUUUGUAAGAAAGUGAAAGAGAGACACUCACAAAACGCUCUCAGGCUGAUGUUCCUGGGCCACCCAUUAGCACUUCCAGAGAGAACAUAUUGGCUGUGAACUGGGAAGGGCCCAAAUAUAACCAGAGCAAGCCUGGAAUUCUUUGAAAGCCCAAUGGUAUUUGCAUUAAAAAAAAAAAAAUCACAACUCUUCCCCUUCCCCCAUGUUGACAUCACUUUUAAGCAGUUAAAAUUACACUGCUUACUGUGCUGUGAUGUAUAAUUAGUUGUUCAGAAGAAGCAUAUGCCUCCUUCAUCCCAGCCUCAUCUAGAAAGUAUAUUAUGAUUCAACAAAAACAACUCCAGAAAUCACUGUCAUUUCUAGCAAGGCCCUAUUCACAUAUCAUAUUGCUUUUUAGACCCAGUUAGCUUACUUGAAGUUAGUGGUUUGCCCUGCCUGGGCCAAAUAGCCUAUUCUCUCAGGCCUCAAACAGCUGUCCUGACCUAACCAUGGCCAUGCAUGAGGACUGCAGAUUUUUAUCCUUCAUCUCCAGAGGAACCUGCCCAAGAAGCUGGGUGGAUCAGCUCAGAUCCAGCCAUCACCUUGGGGGACUGGUGGAUUUGUAAAUACCAGGCAGGGCACCAGAACCAGCUGUGGUGGCCCCACUAACAGAAUUCCCUCUACAUUGCGCCUGUAGACUGAAAAAGUCCAUAUUGUAUUUGGACACACCUACCAGCAAUAAGAUUGUACCUCAGGCAUGUUUAAUCUGUAAUGCAUGAUGGGAAUGUGGAAGUAAAAUCUGCCAAGCAAGGAGAUAAAAGACCUGUACUCUGAAAACUUAAGACAUUGAUGAAAGAAACUGAAGAUGACACAAAUAAAUGGAAAGAUAUUCCAUGAUCAUAGAUAGGAAGAAUUAAUAUUGUCGAAAUGGCCAUGCUACCCAAAGCACUUUACAGAUUCAGUGCAAUCAAUCCCUAUCAAAAUACAAGUGGCAUUUUUCACUAAACUAAAAAAAAUAAUCCCAACAUUUGUAUGGAACCACAAAAUACUCCAAAUAGCCAAAGCAAUCUUGAGAAAGAAGAACAAAGUUGGGGGUCUUACACUCCCUGAUAUCAAGUUAUACUACCUACAAGCAAAACUUCUGAAGUGUCCUACAUUAAGUGACACAAGGGCCAGAGAAUAAGGGAGAGAGACAAGACAAAUUCAUCAGUCAAUAGCUGUGGAACAGAGCUAACCAGAAACUCCACGUUCCUGGAUGAAGUCAUUUCAACAAUCAUCUAGAGUGUCCUCUGGACCACCACAUCCCCCUUGGCAUGACCAUGUCUGACCAUCAUCAACAACCAAUCCAUGAGCCUUCUCUCUGGACUAACUAGCUAUUCCAGGACUUUCCUUAUUUCACGUUAAUUUGCCUUCCUUAUCUGUAGCCCAUGUGAACUUGAAGAACUUUCUUUCCUUAAAGCCUCAUAAAUGUGCCCUGUUUCUUGAGUUAAGCAGGCAAGUUGUUCCUGUUAACUGGCUGUGAAGCAGAAAUUUCCUGUCGCAGGACUUAGUCCUUCUAGUUGCAUCUGUAAUGGCUCAA